AUGGCUAUCCUCAUGCAUACAACAAACCGAAAGAUACUGAUACCCGAGAAGGUGUCGCCAGAUGGCCUAGCACUGCUAAAAGAUCAGUUCGAUGUAGAUGAAAAGAAGGGUCUAAGUCCAGAGGAACUGAAGAACAUCAUCGGUGAAUACGAUGCUCUCAUUGUGCGUUCUGAGACGAAAGUAACAGCAGAGCUGUUGAGUGCCGCGAAGAAGAUGAAAGUUGUCGCCCGUGCCGGAGUGGGUGUCGACAAUGUAGAUGUCCAGAGCGCCACUUCACAUGGUAUCAUUGUAGUGAAUUCACCCUCUGGAAAUAUCAAUGCCGCAGCGGAACAUACCAUCGCACUUUUGAUGGCUGUGGCUCGCAACGUUGGAGAUGCAUCGCAAAGUAUCAAAGCUGGUAAAUGGGAGCGAAGCCGGCUGGUGGGUGUAGAAGCGAAGGGCAAGACUCUUGCAAUAGUUGGGUUGGGCAAGGUCGGACUCACCGUAGCUCGUAUUGCUAACGGCUUGGGUAUGCGACUCAUUGCCUACGACCCUUAUGCAAACCCAAACCUAGCAGCGGCAGCUUCGGUUACCCUUCGUCCAAGCCUAGCUGAGAUCCUGAAAGAGGCGGACUUUUUGACACUUCAUACUCCUUUGAUUGCGUCCACCAAAGGCAUGAUCGCUAAGGCAGAGCUGGAGACGAUGAAGCCAACGGCCCGAAUUCUCAACGUAGCACGUGGUGGAAUGAUUGACGAGGAUGCUCUUGUCGAAGCAUUGGACGCUGGUGUCAUCGCCGGAGCAGGUAUCGACGUAUUUACCUCGGAACCACCAGAGCAAGACUCAUCAGCUACACGCCUGAUCGCCCAUCCAAAGGUAGUAGCCACACCACAUCUUGGUGCAUCCACAAAAGAAGCUCAAGAAAACGUCUCGAUCGAUGUGUGCGAGCAAGUCGUCUCCAUCCUCAACGGCGAACUCCCACGUUCAGCAGUCAACGCACCAAUCGUCCUUCCAGACGAAUACCGCACUCUUCAACCUUUCAUCAGUCUAGUCGAGAAGAUGGGCAGUCUCUAUACCCAGCACUUCUCCUCCGUAAAGACAGGUUCCUUCCGCACAACCUUCGACCUCACCUACGAAGGCAAGCUUGCCACAAUCAACACAACGAAACCCCUCUUCGCCGCCUUGGUAAAAGGCCUACUCACCCCAAUCACCUCAAGCGACGGCCUAAACAUCAACAUUGUAAACGCAGAGUUACUCGCCAAAGAACGCGGUAUCCUCAUCAACGAACAGCGCUCGCGUGAAAACGUCGAAGACAAACCAUACUCUUCCUUCAUCACCCUACGUGCCCGUGCCUCUCGCUCCGUGAGCCAGCAACCCCGCUCAAGGAACGUCUCACCAUCUGCUGCACGCACGCUCCAACAAGGCGCGACCGACGACGAUGACCAAAUCAUCCAAGGAUUCGUCUCUGGAAAUAAGCCCUUCAUCUCCCGCCUGGACAAGUUCAAGGGCGAAUUUGUACCCCGUGGUACACUGCUCAUUUGCCGCAACUUUGACUCGGUAGGUAAAAUUGGAUAUGUGGGCAAUCUUUUGGGUAAAGCAGGUGUCAAUAUCAAGUUUAUGAAUGUUGCGCCGUUGGAUGAGGAGGUCGAGGAGAGGUUGAACGAGAGGAAUGAAAGGAAUGGGGAAGGGGAGGCUGCAGUGGGGAGUAAAGAGGCUUUGAUGAUCCUGGGUGUGGACAAGCCGGUUGGGGAGGAUGUUGUGAAGAGGUUGAUUGGAGAGGAGGGGGUUUUGGAGGCCAGUGUUGUGAACUUCUGA